GCAGCUUUGCUGGAGUCAAGUGCAACAUAAUCAUGGCGACGGACGGGAUUUUCAAUAUAUACUUGGUUUCUUUUUCUGUUUUUAUUGUUACAUUUCUUUUCAAGACAUGUCAUUCACAGAGAAUUUUAGGUGUGUAUUCCAUUUCUCACAACGAAUUAGGUGGAAUAGUAACUUUGCACCCAAAUUCGGAAAAUGAAAUCCGAUUAAUUGGGCUUGACCUCGUAAAUACCACAGUAAUGUUUUUGACUCAAGAUAAAACUAAUUGCAAUAGUGGACGAGCUUCGAAUAUAACUCAUGUUAACUACAUAAGUAAAUACAGUGCCUCAGUAACAUUUUCACUGAAGACUAUUUAUGGGGAUAAAACGUUAUUUAUGUGCGUGAAAAACUUUAGCACCAAUGAUUAUACACACCAAGGAGCAGAUGAGUGGUUAUCUUUUCUUGUCUCUGAAGACAAAGAUGAACAUAGUCAUUUAUACCUACCUUUAUGGCUGCAGAUAACUGUCUGUUGUGUUUUAAUACUAUUAUCAGGUCUUUUUAGUGGACUGAACUUAGGUUUGAUGUCAUUAGAUCAGACUGAAUUAAAAAUUAUUGGUAAAGUUGGUUCAGAGCAAGAAAAGAAUUGGGCAAAGCGAAUUGGUCCUUUGCGCAAAAGAGGUAACUUUCUAUUAUGUACCCUGUUGCUUGGAAAUGUUAUAGUAAAUAGCUCUUUUACUAUUCUUUUUGAAAAUAUGACUUCUGGUUUGACAGCUGUUGUGAUUUCUACAAUUGGGAUUGUAAUAUUUGGUGAGAUUGUACCCCAAGCAAUUUGUUCUCGGCAUGGUUUAGCUGUUGGUGCCAAUACAUAUUGGCUUACUGUAUUUUUUAUGAUUCUCACAUUCCCUGCAUCAUUCCCCAUCUCAUUGAUUUUGGAUAAAAUUUUGGGAGAAGAAAUGGGACAAGUCUAUAACAAAGAAAAACUUCAAGAGUUGAUAAGAAUGACGGCAGAUAGCAGAGUUUUGCAUGACAAUGAAGCCAACAUUAUAUCUGGAGCAUUACAGUUAACAAAUAAAAGUGUUGAGGAUAUAAUGACUAAAGUAGAAGAUGUUUAUAUGCUUGAAAUCAAUAGAAUUUUAGACUUUGAGACCAUGACAGAAAUUAUGCACCAUGGAUAUACCCGUGUCCCAGUCUAUGAUGGAGAAAAGAUCAAUAUUGUCAACCUUCUGAAUACAAAAGAUCUGGCUCUUAUCGAUCCUGAUGAUAAAACCCCUCUAAGUACUGUGUGCAAAUUUUAUGACCAUAAACCUCUUUAUGUUGAUCAUGAUGUGAAGCUGGAUGCUAUGCUCCAGGAAUUUUUGCAGGGGGAUUCUCAUAUGGCCAUUGUUCAAAAACUCCACAACAAUGAGGACCAUGACCCAUACUAUGAAACAAUGGGUGUGGUUACUUUAGAAGAUGUGAUUGAAGAGAUCUUACAAAGGGAGAUUAUAGAUGAAAAAGAUUUGAUUACUGACAAUCGUCAGAAGGCACCUCGGCCGAGAAAGAGGCUGGAUUAUGAAAUUUUGGGUGCUGAAGGACAAAGAUCCAAGUUACCUAAACAGUUGGCUUUUGUGGCAUUCCAGUUCUUAACCACCACUGUAGAGCCAUUCUCAGAUGCUUAUCUAGCCAGAAAUGUCCUAAUGAAUCUCAUGAAGAAAGAUAUUGUUGUCAAUCUCACUCCAACAGAGCCAGUCAGUGCAAAGAAUUACAUUUUUCAGAAAGGAACUCCCACUGAUAAAUUUGUUCUCAUCUUACAAGGAACAGUUGAAGUAAUAGCUGGUGAAGAAAACAUGGUUUUUGAAUCUGGACCUUUCAGUUACUUUGGAAAGGAUGCAAUCAAUCUUGUACGCAAACAAUCUUCCUUGAAUGACAUCAAAGCCAAAGAGUAUAUCCCAGACUUCUCUGUUAGGGCUGUGACAGAUGUGCAGUAUUUAUGCAUCAACAGAGCUCUUUACCUGGCAGCCUUGCGCACGACCAAAAUGCUGCGCAACACUGGUAACAUUGCAGUGAAUGAAGCCUUUGAUGCUGAAUUUGAGAAAGUGACUAGAUUAAAUAGUAAUCGAAACAGUGGUUUUAGCAGCUUGUUGCCUUUCAUCAGUAACUCACCUUUAGAAUCUCUGAAAAGUGAUGAUGUUUCAAAUAAAAAGUUCACUUCCUCUUUAGACAGAUUGACGUUUUUUCACCACAAGGUAGAUUCUUUAGAAGCACUGUACAGGGCAGCUCGGCCUGCAUCAGAUUCAAAAGAGGACUGUGUUGAGUACCAUGGUGAGGUAAGCAGUUUGGGGCAAAGACACUUUCCAGCAGUUAGAUCUAGUAGGUCAUCGGGUGACACUAACUCUAAGGCUAUUAAUGCAAGCCCAUCUCCAGAAAGCAGGAAAAGAUAUCUUCACUCAUCACUGCCUGUCAACAAUACCCACAAAGUGAUCUUACACAGAGAGCCUACAGAUAAGAAUGAUGAAGUCACAGGUGGCGAUGCCAGCUUUACUUCAAAUGAUGAUAUCAGUCUGCACAAUGCUUCUUUAGAGGAGCAAAAUUUGGCUUCCAUGGAUAGAAGCAGUGAAUCCAGCGUCCCAGAGAAAGUUCCAUUGAUAGCCAUCAAACCUGGAGCUGCGGAAGGGGACAGCAUAAAGUCCAGUGCUGUGCAGAUCACUUAUAACAAGGAUGGGGAGCGGGUACCACUCAUCAAUCAGACAAAAUCAACAAAUGAUUUGCCAGUGUAAUAAUAUUCAAUUAUGUAUUUUUGAUAGUUUUAUAUUGUUCAUUGUAAACACUUGCAGUAAUCGCACUAGUUUUAAAUGUUGUUGUUUUUUUGUACUAACACAGAAUUGUACUUGAAGGAACAUACCCCUGGUGUUGUGAAUGGGAUUUAGGUUUUUCAAGUUUUUGUUUGUGAUAUAAUGUAUGAGUUUGAAUCUUACCUUUAAACCCCCUUUGUAUGUACAUUUUCUCUGAUUCAAAAGUUCUUCAUGGUAUAAACUCUUUCAAGAAUUAUAUGUUGACAAUGAGUUCCUGAAACUGUGUGAAUGUUUUUUGGUAUUUUGUGUGUGUAUUGUAGGUUCCUUAAAGAUACUAUUAAUACUAAAUUUGCUUGAUUGAUUUCACUACUAUUCCCCUUUAGAUCCACCAUAUUCUAUAAUUAAUUAUAACAAGGCUCUGUACACACAGGGCUGUACAAAUAAUCAAUUUUUCUUCAAAUCGUAGUAUUCUGUUGAAUGACUUAUUGUUAGCAGUAUUCUGUUCAUGAGUUAUGAAACAGACACUAGUUUGGAUGAUGUUUUGUAUUUCCAAUGUUAUCAGUGUAAUUACUAGUUUUUUAGUUUUAUACAUGCCUCUAAAUACAUUUUAAAAUAGAAUUACUUUUCACAAGGAUUUUACAAAUUUUUUUCUUUGCAAUACAUUGCAUACCAAGACUUCUUACUCAUAAUCAAAUUCAAAAAUAGUUUUCUUCAUUUGUUUCGUUCAUCUUUGAAAGAUAACAAUGGUAAUUUUUUUUAUUUAUUUUCUUUGUUUACAUUUAUUUUUGUCUUUAUUUGUUUAAUUUUUUUGGUAAUCUCUAAACCUUUCAAAUGAUUCGGUCCAUGAGGUGCCUAACAAUGUAUUCAUCUGAUUUCUCUUAUAUGACAUUGAAAAGAACAAACUCCCAACAACUUUUGACUGUUGAAUACUUCCCAUGAAGAGUUUUGUAAAUAGAAUUGUCUGAAAUCAGACUGUCCCAUUGAAUUGUUUAUGUUUACCAUUUGUUUGAGACUGUGAUCAUUGCAACAGUUUCAGAAGUUGAAAUGCCUCUCAGUACAUUGAGCAAUAUGGGUUCAUGUUUUCAUACAGGUGCAUUAUUAUUGUAUACAAUGAUUAGACUGAAACUCACUGUAUUGUGAUGGUCACAUGACUGAAGUGACUGUGAAGGUUUGGCCACCUACUUAAAAAGAUGAACAUUUUAUGAAGCUGCAUAUAGUCAGUGAAUUGGUUCUAGUUGAAGAAUUAGAGACUGACAUCACAAUGCUUUCUAAAAUAUGCAAGAACUUAUUAGUACACAAAAUAUUGGUAUUAAAAAAUACUUUAAAAUGUAUACUGUAAGAAACUCUGAAUUAAUAAUUAAUAAGUGACCAAAGUUGUAGAUUGUAGCAGACUGUACUUCUUCAUUCAAUGACAAUUAAUUAUAAGUCAUCGCUUGUGGUCUUUUAUAAUAAGGAUGAAAAUGUUAUUAAAAUAGUUUUAUAUGAGGCAUUUUUAUUUAGAAAAAAAAUUCUAUUUAUACUUUUGCUAAAACGGUUUUGAUGAACAUAUAGGGCAUUUUAAAUUCAAUGUUGUUUCUACUCCUGAAUUGUUGUCAUUUCUUUGGACAACUUGGUUUGUUUAGUAAAAAAAAAAAUAAAAAAAUAUAUGCCUAGAAGUGUGGAGCAUUUCUAAACUGUACUAAAUUUCAGCACUUCUGGAUUGUACCAAAUUUCAGCAUCUAAACACUGCUCUCCUAUCAUCAGUCAGGAGAAGUGUGCAAUCCUAUUGGGUCUACAGUUGGCCAGAGACAUGUUAAGUUAAACUAAGGUAUAAGAAUAGUAUAAACUAGACAAUUAAACUAGACAAUUUAAACAAAUAGUAGUGUUUAAUCAAAAAGUAAUACAACAUAAAAGUAAUAUAACAGAACAAAUAAAUAUAACUUUGAUGAAACAAAGCAAAUAAAAAAAAAAGCUUAAAUAUUGUACAGCUGUUUUUAGAAUUCUUUGAUUAACUUCUAAAGGGCAAAUUUUAAAGGGAAAUUACACAAUCUAAAAAGAAAUUGGAUCGUUUUAAUCCCUUUAAUACAAUUCUAAGUCUAUUUUAAGAAAUUAAUAAAGGUCAGAUGCUCAGCUUUAUCAUAAAAAUUUAAUUGUAAUAAAUACUCCAAAUCAGCAUCUAGAAACACUUUAGUUCCUAAAAAAGCAUGUUGAUAUAUAACACUGACCUGCACUCCUUGACAUCUCAUGUACUCCUGACAACUCAUGUACUGCUAUAAUGGGGGGCACAUUAUAACAGUGUUUCAUAGCCAAAAUAACUUUUUUUUUUUAGCCUAGUUGAAAGGGACCAAGCCUUUUCUUAUUUUUAGUUCAUAGCCAAAGAAAAUAUAUUUUCCGUCCAUAAAUUGAACAUGUAUAGAGUUUGUUCUAAAGGUAAUGAUAGUAUUAAAUAACAAGAGUAAUGAUUUAGCUUGAAAGUAGACAUUUCCAUUUGUUUGUUUUUUAAUCUUUAUGGUUGUAAGUCAACCUUUUUAUAUUUUAAACCAUAAACCAAUAGUUUUAUAUCAACUUCUCUAUUAGUAGAUCUAAAAAAUUUUUUUUUUUUUUUAAAGUAUUUUUCUAAGAUUAAAUGAAUGAUUCAAUUCAAGAUAGCAUGCUUUAAACUGUUUCUGAUAUUUAGUCAGAAAAUAGCAACUUACUGUUUUUCACUUGUUAAAUCUGUUGAGUUCUUUUCCCGUUUAUAUUUUGAUUUCUUUACAUAUUUUGUUAAAUAUUUCAAGAAAAAUGAAAGCCGUUUAUAAAUUAUGUAAUUAAAUUUUUAAAAAUAUAUUUUUGUUUAGACUAAAUUUGUAAAGAGCUUUAGUUGUGCUUCCUGAUUUAAAGAGAAACUAUGUAAGAAGACAUCAACGCUGGUGGAAAUAGCUAAUUGUGAAAUAGGAAGUAUUUCUUGUUACGCCACACAACCAGUAACUUCUAGGGACCAUAGAAUAAAUAGUGACACAUGAGAUAUCUAGAAUCUUGUUUUUUUUCUUUGACAUGACUUAUAUAAUAAAAUCUCAAUGACAUUACUAAUUGAAUUCAGAUGAAUAUUACAUAGGGAAUUCUAAUGAGAGAUAUGAAUGAUAGAACUCCUAUGUUUAAAUUCUUAUUAGUAACAUGACUGAUACAUGUCACUAUGAGUGACAUGACUGAUAUGUGCCCCUAUAAGUGACAUGACUGAUACAUGUCACUAUACAACUGACAAAACCUCAAUGAGUGGCAUGACUGAUAUAUGUCCCUAUACAACUGAUAAAAAACUCAGAAAUGAUAGAAACCCAAUGAAUGACACUAUAUACAAACUAAAUCCUUAGGUGACAUGAAUGACUGAAAAUUUCUUUUUAAGUAACAUAACUGAUAAAAUCAGUAACACAUGACUGAUAUAAUCCCUACAAGUGAAAUGACAUUGAUGAAUUGGCUGCUAGAAUACAUAAAAUUUAAUAGGUCUAGUUUUUAAUUAUUGAUUGGCUACCAUAGUGGUCUAUUAUCAUCUGUGUUCACAUUAGUCCAAUGGUGUACAACAGCGGUUCUCAACCUUUUAAGCUCGGCGACCCCUUUUUGCAAACCCCCCCCCCCCCCCCUGCACACACACACAGCAAUAGAAAAAUAGACAAAAACAAUCCAUUUUUUUAUGGUCUUUGGCGACCCUGUCAAAUCGUCAAUUGACUCCCAAGGGGUACGGCCCAAGGUUGAGAACCCCUGGUCUACAAGAUCUUUAUGAAGUAUCUCUGCAGGCCAUCCAGUAAUGAAAAAAUGAAUUCUUUCUGGAAUUGACCAAAUGGUCUCGAUCAAUUUUGAAAAGUCUUUAAAGAAAAAAUGCCUGUUUCUUUGUUUACAUGAGAAUGGUAACAUUCUUAAGAAAUAAUGUAUGUACAUUGUAUCAUAUCAUAUAUCACUUUAACUAUUUGUGCAAACAUAUUCAAGAGUUGUGGUUACUAGGUUGAUAGUGUCAUUUCUAACAAGACUAAUCCAUGUACCUCUUGAAAUGUGUUCUAAUAUGUGCACCAUCUUUACUGUAUAUAGUUAAUACAUAAUGUGAGAACACUGCAGGCAUAAUACCUGACUGUGAUAGACAGAAGUGACUUCUAAUUCUUUUUACAUUAUACAUAUUCAUGCCAUACAAAAUAUUUCUGGAAUAUAUAUGCUCAGUAAUAAAUAAUCAAGGCUGUUUGUGUAUAUUGUUUGACUAAAAUGUAAAAGCAAUCUAAAACAUUUUCUUGGAGAAUAACUUUGAGAUUAAUGUUUUUAUUGGAUCUUUACACUUGUCUAUAGUUUAGAGGCUUACAAACUCACUUUAGUGAGCUGGUGUCUUUUCACAAGAAUUUGAACUUACUAUUUGAUUGGAUUUAAAAAUGUACAUAUCAUACACCAUUUCACAGUCUUGAAUUUGAUUGAAGCCAGAUGGAAGAACACAUUUUAUUUGAAUGGGUACACCUUUGCUUUUUCUUUUGAUGUACAGCUAAUGCAGCUAAGUCCUUAGACUAUAAAUACAAAUGAGAUUUAUUUCCUUAGUCUGUGCCUGAGAUUAAUGUCCUGUCAGUCCUGAGAUAAUUUUCAUUCUGCUUAUCUGUCAGGGUCUAGUAGUAUGUUGGACUUCAUAAAUUUGUAUUAUCUGCUUAUAGAAUUCAAUAAUUUGUCAGAAUAAACAUUCUUUGAAAUUGUUUAUAAUGUAUGUGGAAUUCAUGCAAACAAAUCAGUACUCUGUGAAUGAAUACAUGCUAAAACAUUUUGUAAAGUCUUGUUGUAAUCUGAUUGUAUUUAAUACAAAUGUAUAGCUAAUUGUCGUGAUAUAGUCUAAUGGUAUUGUUGUUUUAUUAUAAGUUAGUCUUAAAUAGAUGUCUUGUCAAGCAAUCGUCUAUCUGCAUGUAUUGUUAUACAUUCCAUUUAAUUUCUUAUUAGUUUACUGGAUAGACACAAAAUAUUGUUUCCAUUCCUUAAUGUCAUUCUAAAACCUGUUCAAAUCUAAGAUAAAAACAGUCUGUGAUAUUGGCAAGGUUUCAAAAUUCUAGUUUGUUCUAUAAAACUGAUUCUAAGAUUUGAAACUUUCACUACAUUCACAUCUUUUCAAUUCUCUUGAUUUCAGACACUAAUUAACCUCAACAUUUACAUAUAAUUAAAACAAAAAUGUGUCUUUUUUUUUCAACGUUAUAAAUUUUUUGACCAAUAUAUUUUAUUUCAAUGUGUUUCCCAAAGUUAAGAGGUAGAAAUAGAUUCAUUGUUAAUAUCUUAUUCAUUCUCAAGCUACUUUUAGUCUUAAUUAUUCUUUGUUUCAAACAAAACUGUUUACUAUGAGUUUAAAAUUAAGUGCUAGAUUUGAAGCUGUUCAAUGUUCACUUUAUAUUGUACAGUUUAACAUCUACAGUUUCAUUAAAAGUACUGGCUGUAUUUGAGUCCCUGUACAGUGUCUUUGAUAGUCCCUGCCACUAGUUGUGUGUAUUGCACUGCAGCAAAUCUGUGAUGAUAUUCCUUCAGCACCAUUAUUAUCAAAUUCAUAAGCUAACAAUCCAAUAGAAAAAACAAAUCUGUAGUUUCUAGUUACAUUAGUUGAUACAAUUAUUUGUUUCAAAACAGAAGAAGUAAGACCUACCUCUGUUAGGAGGCUAAGGCUCUUCACUUAAGAAAAAAAAAAAAAGCAGAACUUUGGUAUUCCCUUGUACUGAUUAAAUACAAAUUGUUAUUCAUGCUGGGUCUGAUGCACUAUCUCUGAUUUUUGUACAAAUAAAAAAUAAUAAAGCCAAUUUUUACCUAACUUUGGUAACAGUGGAGUUUUUCAAGAACCAACUAACCAGGGACAAUAUAAUUGUUAUACCUAACUGCUGAUUUGUUAUUUUCAAGGUAGAUUGACUCUGUAACUUAGUUUCUACUAGUGCUAGUUAGUCUCUUUUACUUGUAAAUACACUCACUAUCUAUUGAACUGUAUUCAGUGCACCCAUUUUUAGCCUUUGUAUGGAAUCAAGUAUUUCUGUAAACCUUUCUACCUUAAUAUUUGUUUGUUUACAUUUUUUAGUUUGAUUACACUACAUUGUUUACAUACAGCUACUUCAAACUUGAUGGUCCCCUUUCCUGUUGGUAUGAUUAAGACUUUAGUUUUAUUAGAGACUAAAUCUCAAAAACUGAGGCCAGGAAAAAUAGCAUUAUUACUAAAGUGAAGAAAUGAAACCAUUUUUCUUUUAAAUUUUGGUUUUAAAAUUGCCUUGCAGCUGUUUAAGAUUAAAAGAAAAAAAAAAGACAGUUCUGUAAAAACAAAAUGUAUUUCCAACUUCAUUGUGAAAUAAGGGAAGUAAUAUUUUUUUUCCUUUUUUAUUGUGCAAUAAAAUUGUAUAGGAGGAUGAAGCAAUUGAAUAAUUUCCUUUCAAGUUUUUUUUUUUUUAAAAGAUGUUAUUGUUAGGCACAAUGAAAAUGAUAUUUCUAAUAAUACUUUGUUUUCCACUCAAUACCUAUACUGUUUGAUCAAAGUCUGUUCUUUUGUUUUGGUUUUGAUAAAGUGUCAACACACUGAUGUUUUCCAAGGCUAAGACUGAAUAUACACAUUAAAAACAAGUCAUUUAUUAUUGUUUUGUUGUGGCUUUGUUUGACUUUUAAAAAAUUUGGAUGCUAUCAAUAUUCAUUUAAACUGCUUCCCACCCCCCACAAAACAAAAAUAAAAAAAAAAAAACACCACCACCACCUUAUUAUUAACUAAGUGUAAAGGAUAGUAUUAAUUGAGACUAUAAAGUAUGAACAAAAAAAAAGUGGCUGAUCAACAUGAGCAGAGUUGAUUUCUUAAGCAGCAUGUCUAGAGUAUUAAAAUAGAAUCUUUGACUUGAGCUCUUGUAUGUAGUAUCAGCCAACAGCGCCAUGGUGUAAAAUGAAGUGUUUAUAAGAUAUUGAAUGUUUAACUCUUUCUCUCCUAACUGACGAUACCAACAUUGAUUCCACCAGAAUGUGGUAAAUAAUUACGGAGAGAAAGAGUUAAAGUAAAAUUAUGUUUUAGACAAUGUUAGAGAAUUACUUUUAGACCAAGUGCCAGUACAUUAUUUUCAUUUGGUCUUUCUCUCUCACAGCCUCUUCUUUAGUUCAGCUCUCAGUGACAGAGUCUUUGAUCAUGUCCUUAACUGUCACUUGGGCUGGAGUGUUAUUGUGGAAGCUCUAUUGCUUUUAGUCAGUUAAUUCUUUGUCUUCAUUGUGAUGUCUAAUGUAUCAGCUGGUUUGAAAACAAGAAUCUGGUGGCAGUUUUGGCUUCAUUUUGUGCUCUCUCUAUCUUACAGUAUGUGAGCCAAAGGAACCCAUUUUGUAAGAAAUAUAUACAUCAGUGCUUAUUGAAGAUUUCUAUCAAGUUGCCAUUUUUUUUUUAAACUGUGUUAUUUGGGAUUAAAUUAUAUUUUCUUUUGACAUUAAAAAACAUAAAUGCAAAGAUAGUCUUAUGAUUUUUAACUAAAAUUAUUUCCAUUUUUUGAUAUUUUUUUUACCAUCUUUUAAAGCAAAUUUUUUUUCUCUGGUGAGUGAGAGGAGACAAGAAACAAAAAAUGCUGUCAGUAUUUGUCAUCUGUUUCUCUUUGUUCUUGUCCCAGCUACAUCUAGUGACUGCAGACCAUCUGUUUCUCUUUGUUCUUGUCCCAGCUACAUCUAGUGACUGCAGACCAUCUGUUUCUCUUUGUUCUUGUCCCAGCUACAUCUAGUGACUGCAGACCAUCUGUUUCCCUUUGUUCUUGUCCCAGCGACAUCUACUGACUGCAGACCAUCUGUUUCCCUUUGUUCUUGUCCCAGCGACAUCUACUGACUGCAGACCAUCUGUUUCCCUUUGUUCUUGUCCCAGCUACAUCUACUGACUGCACACCAUCUGUUUCCCUUUGUUCUUGUCCCAGCUACAUCUAGUGACUCAGCAGACUUGAAUGUUUUCAGCAUUGACAACUUUCUGUCUCUCUAAACAACCUCUGUGGCUAAUUCUUGGAACAAAUUAAAGUGUAGAUAUUUUUUUGUUCACUCACACUUCAGCUAUUUACAUUACAUUUCAUAUUUUAUUUGUUAUUUAAUUAUUUGCAACUUUUAUAUGAAUGUUGUCAUGCAAGACUUGUGACAUAAAUUAUUAUGUUUAUUUUAUUUGUGUGAAAUGUUUAUUUCAUUUGUGUGAAAUGUGUAUUUUAUUUUUGUGAAAUGUUUAUUUCAUUUGUGUGAAAUGUGUAUUUUAUUUUUGUGAAAUGUUUAUUUUAUUUAUGUGUAAUGUUUAUCUUAUUUGUGUGAAAUGUGUAUUUUAUUUUUGUGAUAUGUUUAUUUUAUUUUUGUGUAAUGUUUAUCUUAUUUGUGUAGAAUAUUUUUUAUAUUUGUGUUAAAAGUGUAUUCUAUUUGUGUGAAAUGUGUAUUUUCUUCAUGUGAAAUGUGUAUUUUGAAGCUAAAAAGGGUACACAACAAAACAUACUUUAUUUAUAUUGUUGCUAAAAACAAUUUAUCAUAACACAGAAAGACCCAAGUAGGAUAUUAUACAUGUACAUUGAAGGUCCAGAAUUUUAAUUUAAAGUUUCAAUUUUUGUGUAUUUAUUUAUUUUUACUUUUGUAUUUUUGUAGUAUUUUGUAGUAUUAGUAUUUUAUGUCAAUUAUAAAAUAACUUUAUAUCAAAACAAUUUUUGAUUUCAUUCUAAAGAGUUAACAAAUAAUAAAUAUUUUUUUUGCA